UUCAGUGAUGGGAACGGUAGAGAACGCGCCCACAUCUCCAUACGAUGUGUCGGUUAUGCAACUCCGGGAGCUGAUGGACAGCAGGGGUCAGGAGGGUAUCCAAAAAAUACAACAACAGUUUGGCAAUGUGUUCGGCAUUUGCAACGCUCUUCGCACUGCCCCUAAUGAAGGCUUAACGGGAAACCCGAAGGACUUGGAAAGUAGGCGGGAAUUCUUCGGCGCGAAUAUGAUUCCACCCAAACCUCCGAAAACAUUCUUACAAUUAGUUUGGGAAGCCUUGCAAGACGUGACACUAAUCAUACUAGAAGUGGCAGCUAUUAUAUCGUUGGCGCUCGCCUUCUAUAAGCCUCCGCCCGGGGAGGAGGACGACGAAGGA